AUGGCCUCUGCGAGGAAGGGCACUGAGAGGCGGCAUAACCCAGUGGAGAGCAUCUGUAGGAAAAUCAGAGCCAUCCAAAGGAGGGAAGAGCUUUCCAAUCAGAGUCAACAGAUAAUCAAGUACCAAUCCAGCAGUUUUGAUAGGCCACAGGCUAACAGCAGGAAAGAUUUUGAAGGGAUACUGAAGAAAAUGGCUGCUGCUCCCAUUCCUACACCCAACACUCACUUCUCAGCUUCUGAGAAAGAAGAUGCGCUCAUCUCAUCUCCCCAAACAGGGUCUCGGAGAACCCCAUCCGUCUCUCAGCUCAGCUCCCCUGAGAAUGCAACCUACUCCACCCUCAAAAGUUCUGAAAACAUCUCAAGGCUGAGAUCACAGAGCUCCCAGAAUUACAUAUCGCUGGUAUCACAGACCAGAAAGCGGGAGUCCUUCUCUAACAAGGAUUUGAAUUACUGUGGGAAUGAAAAUCAUUUUAGUAUUUUAAAACUUGACUUUGAUUCCACCUCUGAUCAAAGCUCUGAAAUUUUUACUCCUCGGGAUUCAGUGGUAAAAAAAUGGUCUCUGAAUGAAGAUGGAUGGAAACCAGGCACAGACGAUGGCAUUAACAGGACCUGUGAAGAGUUCUUCUCCAGCGUUUUUCACGCCUGUGACACCAACUGCGGCGGCUCAGUAAGAAUUGUCAAAGUAAUAGAUUACCUCAGACAAAUAACUAGUCAAGAUUCUAAAGACGGUGGCUUUGAGGAGCUAUGGAACAUGCUUGAUCCUGACAGGAGAGGCCUGCAUGUGGAUCUGGAGACUUUCCAUGCCAUCAUGAAUGAAUGGAUGGCUUGCUAUAGAAUCAAAUUGUCAUCAGCUGGAAGCAUUUUCAGUGAGGGAGUGAAUAGUGGACCAGGCAGCAGCAUGGAUGAUUCUGCUCUUGACCAGGACAGCAUAAAAUCAGGGAGAGCAAUUAAGAUGAUCACAGAUAUAAAGGAGUCUGCAUCAGGGAACUUCGAGGCUUUGGGCGGAGACGUGUCUAGAGGAAUCUUAGAGGUGUCUGGCUUGAUUACCUAUGUAGAAGAGCUGCAUUUCAACAAGCAGAAAUUGGAGGAGGAAAAUAAUCAGCUCAAGUUGGCAUUGGAAACCUUGGAAGAAGCUAACAGCCGAUUAUCGGAGGACUGUACUGAACUGCGCCUGCAGAUAAAAAGUGCCCACCAGGCUAUUAUGAGAACAAAUCUGUUACAAGAAGAACUAGAGGAACUGAAAACUAGUAUGAGUGCUUCAGAAGAGCAGAAGACCACAAUUGUAGCCCAGAACAAACAAUUAGAGGCUGAAAACCGGGCUCUGAUUCUUAAGAUUCGGACUCUUCAAGAGGAGAAUACCAAGAAUAUUCUGGAUAUAUAUGCAUUGGAAAAGAAUAUUGAGGAAUUGUCUAAAACUGAGACAGAGCACCAAAUGGAGUUACACAUGUAUGAGAACACUUUGCUUAAUAAAGAUGCAAGUUUGCAGAAGAAGGAUUUAAGUAUAGAAGAACUUAAGUCAACCAUCAUAGAAUAUGGAAGCAUUAUAGAGGAUUUACGAGGGGAAAAAAACAAACUGGCUCAUGAGUUACAGCACUUGCAACAGGAACUCAUCAUGAAUGGGAUCCAGUUGAAUGUUAGUGAAGAACAUAAGAGUACCAUCUCUGAAGGAGAAAAAUCUUUACAUUGUGAACUCAUUCUUGCUCAGUCUGCAGAGAACACUGAAACUGAGCAGCAGUGCAGUUUAAUCAGCUUGUCAUCUCUGGACACAAUGAUGGACCAAGACAUGCUGCUGUCACUGAGAGAACCCGAGCAGAAGGGAGUGGCAUUCACAGCUACUCUCCCGAAGCUGCAUGAAGACAAUUCUGAAGUGGAAACCCUCAUUGACAGCCCUCUCCAGUGGGUAACUAGUCCAGAAAUUACUGUGAAAGAAAAGUGGGAGGACAUGCUUACUGAAUACAAAUAUACCAUGGAAGAGAAACUAAAUUUUUGCAUUUUAAUGCUGAAGAGCUUGGGAAACCACAAAGAAUCUCUUGAUAAAGAGUUUAUCAAGUUGAUGGAGAUUUUGAAGAGAUUCGGGCUGGAAUAUUUUUAUUUCAGAAAGGAAUAUCUUUCCAGGCAGAAACAACUAGAAGCCAUCAAACAACUGCAAGAAGAUGCUGUCAACCGGGCAGCCAGUCAACGGCUAGAGGAUGCAGAGGAGCAGGUUGAGGACCGAGAGGGCACAGCCCACUCUGCCAGGGAAAAGACGAAGUCUUUGCUGCAUCAAUCGGAGGAAGCAAUUUCAGAACAACUGAGUCUCCAGACUGUACAUACCGAGUUAGUGAACACUUGCCAGGCCCUGGAGCAGAAGACAAGGAAACCGAAAACAACAAUCAAGUCACUAAGAAAGAAGUUAAUCCAAGGACAACCCCAUGGCUUCCUGUUUCAGAGCUGUUUAGAUGAGGAAUUUCCUCAUUAUGAUCCUUUGUCCUGCACAGAUACAAUUCAACAACGUCUUCAAGAACAACUGAAGCAGUGUUGCCAUAAACAAUAUAGUGGUCAAGAAGCAAGAUUACAUAAGACUCCCCUGACCUUCAAACAUACAUGCUGGUACACACCCCUGCUGGAUGCCUUGCAUCUGGAUAGUCUUACACUGAUUCCAAGACCGUCACUGACACCUUUCUCAUGUAUAGCUUACCAAAUCCAUGCUUCAGGUGAAAGGCCCAAACAUGGAAAAAUAGAGGAUGGUGCUUUGGAUGUGACUAGAAGAACACACAAGUUCCCAGGCCCUGCAAUUGGCCCCUACCCGGGAACAGAUCUUUCUAAUUGCAUCAGGAUGAAUGAUGACCUAAGUAUGGAAGAGAAUGGUAUUGAACGCUUGAAUUCCGAGAGCCUGCCACAGUCCAGAGAUUAUACCACACUAUCAUCUCCUGGACACACGUCAUCCACUGAGAGUACUGUAACUUCAAGUGAUUCUGGGUCAGAAACUUUGAAUAAGGCUUCUGGUUACCUUGCUUGUAAAUCACUCUGUGAGGAAAAAGAGGAUAGAUCAGAUUCUGCUAUGAUAAAAGUCAAAGACACAAGUCCAGCUCAUGAGAAUAUUGCCCUCCAAAGCUCUGUGAAUGAGAACAAAACCAUGUUAAAUCUGGAAGCCAAAGAGGAAACAAAAACAAUAGAUGAGCCUAGAAAAGAAUGUGUCGCAGGAGACGCUGCUGUUUCCUCUCCUCCUGUAACCACUGUGAAAUUGGUUAACUUUAAACAAAGUGACAACAUUUCCGCAAAUGAGAAGGAGGUAGAGGCCGAAUUUCUCAGAUUAUCUUUGGGAUUUAAGUGUGACUGGUUCACCUUAGAGAAAAGACUGAAGCUUGAAGAAAGAACCCGUGACUUGGCAGAAGAAAAUUUGAAGAAAGAAAUCACUAACUGUGUGAAGCUGUUGGAGUUGUUAACGCCUCUUUGUGAAGAUGACAACCAGGCUCAGGAGAUCAUCAAGAAGCUGGAGAACAGUAUAACGUUCCUCAGCCAGUGCACACUACGAGUGGCCAGUAGGGCUGAGAUGUUGGGAGCCAUUAAUCAGGAAAGCCGGGUUAGCAAAGCAGUUGAAGUAAUGAUUCAGCAUGUAGAAAAUCUGAAGAGAAUGUAUGCCAAAGAACACGCUGAAUUAGAAGAACUGAAACAGGUUCUUUUGCAAAAUGAAAGGUCUUUUAACCCUCUGGAAGAUGAAGAUGACUGUCAAGUUAAAAAACGCUCAGCUUCUCUAAACUCCAAGCCAUCUUCUCUUCGAAGAGUGACGAUUGCCUCUUUACCCAGAAAUAUUGGCAAUGCAGCAACGAUGGCUGGGAAGGAAAACAAUGACCGAUUCAGUAGGAGGUCAAGCAGUUGGCGUAUUUUGGGGUCAAAGCAGAGUGAACACCGUCCCUCAUUACAGCGGUUUAUCAGCACCUAUUCCUGGGCAGAUGGUGAAGAAGAAAAAUGUGAGCUAAAAACUAAAGAUGAUGCAGAGUCCCCCGGAGAAGAAACAGUAGAAAGGACAAGAAAGCCAAGUCUUUCUGAAAAGAGGAAUAAUCCAUCGAAAUGGGAUGUCUCUUCAGUCUAUGACACAAUAGCUUCCUGGGCAACAAAUCUCAAGACCUCCAUCAGAAAGGCUAAUAAGGCACUCUGGCUUUCCGUUGCGUUGAUUGUACUGUUUGCAGCUUUGAUAAGCUUCCUCACAGGCCGAUUUUUCCAGAAGUCCGUGGAUGCUGCCCCCACCCAGGAUGGAGACUCCUGGAUGUCUCUAGAACAUAUCUUGUGGCCAUUUACCAGACUCCGACACAACGGGCCACCGCCAGUGUGACUGUAGGAC